CCCUUUUCGAAGUUUGCCUGACUACUUUUCCCUCUCUUCAACGUCUUGUUUAUGUUUUGUUGCGUUCAAUCUUUAACUGCAACUGUAUUAUGUUUUGGGUGUUGUCAUAUUUUUGCCGAAUAGAAUUUAUUUACAAAUAAUUUUGAAGUACUUAUAUUCUGUUUUCACCUAGCAUUAACGAUGAGUACUGAAGGAAAACUGUUUAAUAACCCUGAAACUCCUGGAUAUGUUGGAUUCGCCAAUUUGCCUAAUCAAGUUCAUAGGAAAUCCGUGAAGAAAGGAUUCGAAUUCACUCUCAUGGUUGUUGGAGAGUCUGGCCUUGGCAAAUCAACAUUGAUUAAUAGUCUAUUCCUGACUGACUUGUAUCCUGAAAGACAUAUUCCUGAUGCAUCAGAAAAAAUCAAACAAACUGUGAAACUUGAAGCAUCAACUGUUGAAAUUGAAGAACGGGGUGUAAAAUUGCGACUUACUGUUGUUGACACACCAGGUUUUGGAGAUGCCAUUAAUAAUAAUGAUAGUUUUAAAUCUAUAAUUCAGUAUAUUGAUGAUCAAUUUGAGCGGUUUCUUCGAGAUGAAAGUGGUUUAAACAGACGAAAUAUCAAUGAUAGCCGUGUUCAUUGCUGCUUCUACUUCAUCUCUCCUUAUGGUCAUGGUCUGAAGCCCCUAGAUAUUGAAUUCAUGAAACAGCUUCAUGGGAAAGUAAACAUAGUGCCAGUCAUUGCAAAGGCUGAUGCUUUGACGAAGAAAGAAGUUAUGCAGUUGAAAAAAAGAAUAAUGCAAGAAAUUGAUGAAAAUGGAAUCCGCAUUUAUCCUCUUCCAGAUUGUGAUUCUGAUGAAGAUGAAGAUUAUAAGGAACAAGUAAAGCAGCUGAAGGAAGCUGUACCAUUUGCAGUGUCUGCAGCUUUAUCUACCAUUGAAGUUAAAGGUCGUAAAGUUCGUGGCCGCCUUUAUCCUUGGGGUGUGGUUGAAAUUGAAAAUCCUGACCACUGUGAUUUCAUCAAGUUACGCACAAUGCUUGUAACUCAUAUGCAAGAUUUACAAGAAGUCACUCAAGAUCUCCAUUAUGAAAACUACCGAUCUGAAAGGCUAGCUGGAAAAACAACUGCUAAAAAACCUGCUGUUUCUCAAGAGAUAUCUGAUAAAGAUAGAAUCUUGCAAGAAAAAGAAGCUGAAUUAAAACGGAUGCAAGAAAUGCUCCAACAGAUGCAGCAGAAGAUCAAAGAAGAGGAGCAACGAAACUCCACACCAUCUCCAACAAAUCAAUCCCCUCAGCUUUCCCAUAAAUAACAAGUUCCUUCAUUAUCAGCUUUGCAUUUCUUUGUAAAUGAAUUGCCACAAUUCUGAGUUCUUCUUGUUUAUCAUUUUAGCUUUUGUAAAUUCUGUGGCUAGUCAACUUUUUUAUUGAUUUGUUUAUCUUGCCAUUUUUUUGUGUUUGUAAUCAAAAAAAAUUUCUUUUUGUGAAAAAUUUAAAAAAACUUAACAAAAUCUCGUUAAACUGUGAAAAAGAAGCAGUUUCAAUUUUAAUGUAAUUUUUUUUCCCUCGCUAUAAUGUUUAUAUUUACUUUCCUUUAAAAUGCUCUUUAAAAGAGAUUUAAAAACUUUUGUCCUUCAUUUUUAUUUUUCGCAUAAACAAGUUUUUGUUUUGUGGAUAUGUUUACCUUGCCAUUUUCUUGUGUUAGUAAUAAAUAAGUUUUUUAUAUAGAUUAUAUUACAUGAUUAGAUUGUAAAGAAAAAAAAUUGUUCUUCAUAGAUUUAAAUAUGUAGUUGAUUCUCGAUCAACCUCAACCAAAAUGGUCGGGAAAGACCCAAUUCCAGAUAAUGGAAUUUAUGCUAAUUUUGAUGAACAGUUUUUAAAAAAAUAUCAGUGAAAUUUUAAAUUAUUGUACAAUAAGUCCUUUAUAAUUAUAUCAAAAGAAUAGAAAGUGAGUGAACAGAUAUUUUAAUGUUUUUAGAUUUACAAUUACUAUUUUUGUAGAAAAAUAAAGAAAAAAAUAGAGUUGUUUACUUAAACAGUUGUGUGUAAAAUGAUAUCAUGGGAUUUUUCUUUACAUUUUUAACUCUUAUAUUGGACUAAUUUUGCAUCAACUUUUACACAAAUAAGAUUUCACAUUUCAGCAUUUGCCUUUUCUUUUCUUUUGCUGUGUUGGAUAGUUUUAUCCUAGUUAAUGGAGAGUCAAUUCUCUAUCAUAUUACUCUUUUGUAACUUUUUGUAUUAAAUUUUAUUGUUAUAAUUGCUUCUGUUAAAAAAUAGUUUCUUUUUACAAUAGAAAAAAAAAUUUAACAUUGGAUUCUUGGAUUUAAAUGUGUUAAGGAAUCUAUUUUCCUUAAAUCAGUUAAGCUGAAAUAUUAUCCAACUUUUAUUUUCAUUUUCUUUCAUUAGAAACAUUUCUCUUAAAAUAUUGACAUUUUUUAAAAAAAAAAGUAUAUGCAGUGCCAGAAACCAGAUUGAAAACUUUGUCUGAAUUGUUGUGCUCUUAAUUUUCUCCCCAUCUGUGCAUUUCUUUUUAUUUGUAUAUUUUUAUACUCCUAGAUAUUUUUUUCCUCAUUUUUCAACCUGAUAUGUUUAUUUAUUUCUCUGUGUGUUGUGUAGUUUUAAAACUUCAUUGAAAUUUUUAAAUGCAAAACAACAACUAAAGUUUUUUUCUCACAAAAUGCAAUAAAUUUCAACUACUUCCUUUCAGUUGUGAAAAGCCGAAAAUAAUUCAGCUAUUGAAUUGAAAUGAAAUGUUAAUAGCGAUAUAUUAUGUUCAUGUUUUUAUUUAUGAAAGAGCAUCAUUAUGAUGAUUGAGAUAAAUAUAUAAAAAUCAUUUCUUUUGAAGUAAUAAAAAAAAUAAUGUUUUUUUUGUUAUUUUUAUACAAUAAUUUUAAAAAUGAAUUUAAUAUUAAAAAAUUCAUAGUUUUAGUUAUUUUUAUAUAGUUAUUCUAAACGUGCUAAAUAAAAAGUCCUAUUGUUGCCUUUUAUGUUUUUCUUUUUUACCAUUUUAUUAAAAUUAUUAUCAAAUUUAGUUAUUUAAUAUUGUAGUUCUUAAUCAGAAGAUUAAGAUCUUAUUUCAUAAUAUCUUGAACUUCUAUAAACAUUUUAUUUAUUAUGUCUUCCUUUGUCUGCAGUAGAUUGCUAUGGAAAGUGCCUGUAAGAGAUUGCGUAACUUUAAAAUUUUCAAAGUGUUUUUGUCUAUUUUAUAAUCAAACUACUUAGGAUAAGCCAUAAUAUUUUUUUAUAUUGCUGAUGUUACAAUUUGUCUUUUAACAACAUCACCUAUCAAUUAAAAUUAUAUGCUGCAGUCUCUAAAAUUGUUUUUUGGCUAUUUAAUUUCAAAGAUAUUUUGUGUAUGUUCUCACUUGGGAAAAAUUUAACAUUUUUCUGAAAAGUAUGCAUUUUAACUGUGUAAAUUGUAAAACAAUGUUUCUAGUUUGUUUUCAGAUUGCAUUUAUUUUUCUUUAAGCAUUAAUUUUUAAAUAACAGAUUUGUUUUACUCUAUAAUUAAAAUGUGUGUUCAAAAUUAUAAAAAUGUUUGUUAUUUUUAUAUCUUAGCUAGAGUUAUGAGUCAUUGAAAAAAAUCUGUAAUUUUCGAAAUUUUAUUUAUUGUACCCGCAAUGUUUCUGUAUGUAUGUAGGAAGUACAAUGAGGUGCACAGUUCUUCCCUUUUUUUAGGAGGUGGGUGGGGUCUAAUGAAUUAAGCUUUUAUUGAUAAUAAUUUAUGUAUGAUACUCGGAGUAACUUUUUUGUAAGACAAACUAUUGAGUAUAAACUGAAGAAAUAUCAUCAUAACAUUAAUUUUUUAAUGAUUGAUGGCAAUAUACCACUUGAUCACAUUAAUCAAUAGCAUUGACUGUUUAAGUUAGUUUUUAUUGCAAUUAUAUAUAUAGAUAACUGGAAUAAUUAAGUGCCUGGUUAAAGUAUGAUGUUCACUACAAAAAGUGUAUGACAGAAUAUUGAUUAACAAAAUAAAAACAAGCUUUGUUCAAAGAUAUUGUUCAUGAGCUUAGUAUCAAACAUUUUAACUGUUGUAGCAUGAACUACAUUAGAAAAGAAUAAACAUUGCUGGAUACAUUAUUGAACCAUUCAAGGUUAGGUUGUAUGCAUACUUUUAUAUACUUUUGUUCACGAGUAUGUUAACAAAUAUAAUAUUGAUCAAUAAAAACUAUGUUGCAUUGUAUUGAAAUAUACAUUGUUUACACACUAGUGAGACUUAGUAAUAAGUCAGUUUAUUUUUGUGCAUGAGUCUAAUAAGAAAUAUAAUAAUAGAUAAUAAAAUCUACAAUGUGUGAGAAUAAGCAAUGCUGAUUUACGAGUGAGACAAUCAAAGAUUUUCUUAGUUUUGCUUUGGUUUUGAUAAAUGAUUUUAGUUUCAAUUGAAGCUACAUUCUAUUAAAAUAAACGUUUGUACAUUUAUAAGACUUAAAGAAUUCAUACUCUUAUUUAUUUUUGUUCUUUAGCAUAGCAAAAAAUAUUUAAUAAUUGUUAAUAAAAAGCUACUUAGUGAAUACAUAAGUGAGAUAUUCAAAGAUUUCCUAAAUUUUUUUAUAAUAAAUAAGGUCUUUAUCUAAUUAGGAACUUGUUAUUUAACUUCGUUAUGCUGAUUGCAUGACGGAAUUUAUAAGAAAAAUGUACUAAAUGUUAAUGUAAUGCUAGUAUUUUUUACAGACUUUCAGUGUUAUUGUAUUAUAAAUAGAAUAUUUUAAAGGGAUGAAAGAAAAAAAAGAUAGCAUUUUAUUAGUUUAUUUUUAGCUUCUUUCUCUGAAAAUAUUAUUUUACAUAUUUCACAAGUGUGCUUUAGUUCAUUUUUAUUCUCCUUUUUAAAAGUUCCAGUUUGUUAGAUAUGUAACAUUAAGUUUCAGCAUCCAUGUUUAAUUUUUUUUUGUUUGUUUGUUUAAUUUAUAGUCAUUGUGCAGCAGCUUAUUUUAAUGCAUUAUUUUUGCUACCUACAUUUGUGUGUGCAUCAUUUUAAUAUAAUUUGUUAAUAUUACUACACAGAUUAUAUAUGUUUUAUACUGCAGUUUUUAGUAUUCUUAAUUUUACUUUUAUAAUGUUUUUAUGGUAGUUAUUUGUAGAAAAAAUAGUCUUGUUAUAGUUGCAUUUACAUUUAAAGAUCUCUUCCAAAAAGUAUUUGUCAUGCAUCUUUCAUCUUCAAUUGAAUUUGUGUGCUAAUUGUGUACUUAAAGGUGCCUUAUGAAAGUAAAUAAAGCUCUAUUUCGUUUCAUUUUUUCAUUCAA